AUGAAUGAACAGCUGUCCAAUCCCCCUACUACUCUUGUUAAGACUAGGUUUAAAAUCUACCGGAAGGUCACUAAGACCUCUCCAAACCCUAAUUCGAGUUAUCGAUUUGCUGGCAGUGUGGUGUCUAAGUACAAACCCCAGCGAAUACAUCAAAAUAAGCUUUCACCAAAGCGUUCCCCCGGCCAUAUCACUUGUCACAGCCCUCCAAAAACACCCUACAAGUGCGUUAUCCUUCUCACCGCUUACCAUUUUGCAGGCUAAUUGUUAAAAAAGCUAUCCAAACCCUACGGUACAGAAGGCAGCCCGUGUGUCUGCAUUUCAUCAGGACUGGAACAUGUCGCAAUAACGACUCUUGCCGUUUUUCUCACGCAGCAGAUCAUGUAAAAAUAUGUCCGAAGUGAGUUUUACAUAAAUUCUAUGUUGCUCUCUUGCCUGUCAGCACUUUUAAGUUUAAUUUUCGGUUUAAGUGUCUCAUAGGCCUACCUUGUUUCGGUUUCACAAACCCUGCGACAGUUAUUGUAUUGUGUAUUUGCUUAGUUGACUAGUGUCAGGAGUAACCAGGCUUAUUGCAUCAGUUCCCGCCAGUAAUAACCGAAGCCGUCUACGUUUUCAGUUUAGGACGCCGUUGCAAUCGCAUAGCAACAAAUAACAUACAGAGAGGGAGUACUAAUAAAUACAAGGGCGUCGUCAGGCCACUGUACCCAACCCCAGGUUUGCGACAUCCUGGAUUUGGACCGAGGACCUUUGGUUAUUAGGUAUGGUUGACUGACGACGGCUAAUAGGCCGGAAAUGGUUGCCCCAGUUCCCGUUCUUUGUAUCGGUAUUCUCGCCUGUAUUACAGCUGGUCGCGUUGCGACUGGCCUGCAAGGGCUCUAGAUUGAGCCUCAAAAUGCAACGGGAUGAGCAUGUCUCGUAACCUGAUCGGUAAACAUCCGUCCUACGGUACUGAAUAUUCCCGAUCGCAACCAACAAGACAACGGGCUCGCAGCCCAGUGGUAGAGCGUUUGACACUGAACGUCGUAAACCAGCCAUACCCAACCCCGAGGUGUGCAACACCUGGGGCCUGAUCCCGUGACCUCCUGGUUGGAAGUCCAACGCCCCAACCACUGUGCUACGGACCCAUUGUCCUGGCGGUUGCGAUCGCAACCUGAGAUGGCCAUUGCAGUCUUCCUGGUCUUUGUCGGUAAUGCUAUUCUGCUCAUAUCACGUGCCGCUUUGCAGUUGCUGGCGGGACCCGAGAGAGGGAAAGAAAGAGCCCCAAGGCACAACGGGACUAGUGAGUUUCGCAGCGCGAUCAGUGAGCGACAAGCAAUAUACACAAGAAGGGAGUAUUGACAAAGACAAUGGAGUCUUGAGUGGUCAUUUCCGGCUUUCUAGUCUUCGCUAAUCAACAACAUCCAAAUACAAAGGUGGGGAUAAAUUGAUAGAGCAUUGUUUCAUACCUAUCCUGCCUUUAAUCAGCCAAUCCUAGACACAGCCACACAAACAUACACUUGCACACGACGCAAAUGGUCCGCGAACGGGACCUAUCGUAUAGGUAUCAAGUACUUCAACGCCACCGGGCAUUCUCUGUCACUAAAGACCGGGUAUUUAUUAGCACAGAAAUAAGCGCGCGCUGAUACGUUGGCCUUCCGAAGUAAACAAACUUCCAAUGGGUGGCAGGUUACGAGUGAUCAACCAACUGUCGGUAUAUGAUGUCAGGAAUACUCAGCUUCCCCAGCAAAUUUCAAAAAGCUCCAGCAUAGUUUGACUGGGUGAAGUAAGAAACUGGACUGAACCAAAAAUAGUGGAUCUCACGUGUCUUCUUGCAGCCCCUUUACAGAAAAAUACAAGGGCGCCUAGGGGAUAGCUUAAUAAGGCUGAAGACGCGACGGACACUAACUCAAUUAACGACAGAAGUUUUAUGGACAAAUCAAUGCAGCUAGGUUGAGAACCCAGAACGGUAUGUCGAGGUGCAAUGGCCGAACCUCGAAGAUUCCUAAAUCGAAUGUCAGUAGGCGGAGUUGGUUUGACAUACUUUACUGGUCCGAAGGAGCGUACAGGAAGCUCAAUAGGCAUCUACAGCAAGCUUUCUCCACAGUCGAAUGACAGCCGUUGACGUUGUUGACCCCCGGACGCGAAAUGUAUGCUCGCUCCCGAGGUUCUUCCGCCUGCUGCCAAUCAACAAGUGAUGUGGCGUCGAUUGGCCCGGAGCUCUCGCAGCGUUGGGGCCGAGUUACGCGCGGCCCAGCCAAUCGAUUGACAGAGGAAGCGUUAGGCCGACUGAUGAUGGCGUGAGUGGGCAGCAGCGCCGGCGAUCGCGGACACAGACAGAUAAUCCAUUCAUGCCAUUACGCCGUCCGAAUCUUGCGGAAGUACAGUUUGCUUCCAGAAAACUGCUGUAGCAAACCCAUUGUUAUAGGGCGCGAGGAAGUUGCGUUGAACGUUCUGUUCUAGUGAAAAAAUUAAGCGGAAUGUUGGUGAACUUUCGCACCGGGAUAGGCUGUUGAUUCCCCCUUAAUUUAGGAACGCCAAUAUCGAAAAUCUUACAACUGUAAUUUUUGCCUUAUGACCGAACUGGGCUGCGCUUUGACCGUCUUACUAUGGGGUGUUGUUUGCUUGUACUUUCCGUUAAUUGUGAUUUUUUGUAUAUUCAGAUUUCUAUCACAUACAUGCCGCUUGGGAGAGGCCAAAUGUCCCCUGGCACAUGUUUUGGACCCAUGUAGAAUCCCACAGUGCGACUUCUUUGCUAAGGGGGAUUGCAAACGCGAGUCCUGCCCUUAUUUACAUGUAAAGUACGCGGAAGACACCGUAUCUUGUCCCAGCUUUUUGAACGGACGCUGCGAACUUGCCCAAAAGGUAUUCCCGCUCCUCUCGGAGCUCAUUUUCCAGAUUAGUUCUUGUGAAUCAUCAAGUGCACUGACUCCGGCGCUUGCGUUUCGUUUCCUGCUCAUCUAACCUUGUAAUAAUUUUCACCCGAUUUUAUGUAGUCGGUUUGAGUACCUGGGCUUUCGAUAUGCCCCGUUUCUUAGAGGCCUUGUCGUCAGCGGCGUUGCCACGUAGCUUUUGUGCCUUGACUUCUUCCCUUUCUCCGUCCGGACCCUAAACUUCGAAGAAGCAUUAGGCCACCUCGUCCGCAAUGCCAAAACUUUUGGCUACUUUUGAAUACAAUGAAAGUCCUGACUGGACUAUUUUGGCGCACCUCUUCUGGUCUUUGCUUGAAGUACUAUUUUUCGAUUGGCUUUUGUCUUCCCGUUUUCCAUAGUAUUGUGAAAGCUUACAUGAAUGCGCUGUCGACUUUAUUCUUGGCGUAUGUAUAAGGAUCGUAGCCCUUAGCUGAGUUGGUUAGUUUUAUAGUUUUUCUUGAUAAUGUUCCUUAAUCCCCACCUGGUCUCCUGCAACUUCUUCAGUCCUCUUUCCGUGACAGAGUUAGAACUGGAUAUUUUGCAUCUCCUUGUCCUUUUCCAGAAGGGUUAAAAGUGUUAAAGUAGGAGAGCGCUCACAAAGCACUACUCUAUGCAUAAUCUAGAUACAACAUUACUAAACUACUAAGACCUUUGCAGUGAAUGGUUUUGUCAGGUCUUGGGCUACUUCAUAAAACCUGAUAAUAACCACUUAUGCAGUCGUAGAUGGCCUUUCGAUUAACCGAAAUAUACCCCCACUAGUUGUGUGAUCUUUAUGGCACUCCCAUUCAGCUGAGGUCCGAGCUGCCCCCAUUUUCUUGUUAUGUGAAAUACUGGUUGUUAUAUGAUCACCCAACAAGGCAAGACAGAUUUCAACUAUCAGAAGGGCCACCGAACGUUCCAUUUCGUUGCCUAAAAACUCGUUCGCCCGUCUGUGGUACGAUUGUACUACUGCUAAUUACCCUAAUAAUCUCGGCUAAACCGACCGCUGUCUCUAGCUCAAUUGCAGCAGCAGGUUGCACUUGUGCCCCGCAGUGUGUCAUCACGAAACAUCUGUAUAUUUAAUAGUAGUGAAAAUGCGAUUCCCGGGUGGCAUAUCAAAGGAAGAGGAGGCGUUCACCGGGAGAGGUGUAUUUAAGGUUUGACGUUUCGGGUAGUCGUUUCUUCUACCCAUCUUCAGAGACUGAGCAGUCGUGCACACAGCUUUCCUUUUAUGGCGCACUUUGUUCAAUGCCUGGCCCACCCAUGCCGUCUGUGUGGCUGCAUCCGACCCGCAUGUCACCGUGACCUGAAUCCCGCCCAUCUUCGUCGGCCGCGGUGAUAAUUGGCGGCCCCGAUUGUCCCCCACCGUGACUGUCCCCCGUCAAGAAUGUCCGUAAAACCAGAUAAGGGGGAGGUGAAUUUAUGUGGCGGUUGACAGAACAGUCGGUAGACAUCCAGGCUUCUUGCACCUGCCUUGCCGUAUGAUCAUCACCUCGGCCUACAAUUUCAACGGCGUCAAAGUUGAAGACGUGCCCCAUUUGGGCGGCAUGGGUUGCUACCUCCGACUUUGGUUCCAACCUUCGCACGGCCAACCUAUGCUCGUGCAUGCGCGUUUGCAGCCGUCGGCCGGUUUCCCCAACGUAGUUACACAUUCCGCAGCUGCACUGAAGUCGGUAGACAACGGCCGACAUCUCCUUUUUAGGGAUCGGGUCUUUUGGCCGCAUCACUUGCCGGCGGAUUGUUGAGUUGGGCCUGUGGGCAACGCCUAUUCCGAGCGGCGCGAGGGAUCUGGCUACGGCUUCGGAGACCCCUUUCAUGUAUGGAAUGCUCCGCCACGAUUUUGGCUGAAUAGGUUCUUCAUUCCGCUUCCUUGGUUGCUUUCGGCCCCGUUAAACAAAUGUUCGCGGAUAGCCGUUGGCUCUGAAGAGUUCUUGGAGUUUGGCGACUGGAGUGCUGCAAUGAGUUCCCACCCGUCGGUAUAGCGUGCGUACACAGCUUCGUUUGUGUUGCAGUGGGCGGUUGCUGUUGUAACUGAGCAUUUGCAGCGUGUUCGUCGGUUUUCUGUAGACUGACGUCGCCAGUUUACCGUCUGGUUGGCGGCAGAUGAGAACAUCCAAAAAUGAAAGUUUGCUCUCCACUUCUUCUUCCAUCGUGAACUGUAGGUCGGGGAUGAUUGAGUUCAAUAGUUCUUCAUAGUAGUUAAUUUUAUCCUGAUCGAUGAUUACGAAGGUAUCAUCAACGUAGCGCGCCCAAAACUUGGACUUGUAUUCUCCGAACAGUCGUUUCUCGAGUUUUUGCAGAACGGCCUCGGCAAUGAGUCCGGAGAUUGGUGAACCCAUCGGAGUGCCCUUAAUUUGCUCAUAGGUGAUCCCCUCGAAGGUAAAAAAUGUCUUGAUGCAGUGCCCCAUGAGUUCUAUGAUAUCCUGAGCUGUGGGCUGGCCAUCGCCCUCGUCGUAAUUCUGACGAAGCAGGUCACUGAGCCUCUCGACCGCAGCCACACAGGCGGCAUGGGUGGGCCAGGCAUUGAUCAAAGUGCGCCAUAAAAGGAAAGCUGUGUGCACGACUGCUCAGUCUCUGAAGAUGGGUAGAAGAAACGACUACCCGAAACGUCAGACCUCAAAUACACCUCUCCCGGUGAACGCCUCCUCUUCCUUUGAUCUGCAUAUUUAUUUAGGCAGUAGUCUUAGUAUACUCAAAAACGGAUUUCUAGUAUGCCAGUACCGCGUUCACAACCGAAAGUCUGCCAUUAACUUGCUGAGUGGCAAGAUGCUCUUAUUUGGUCUUUGUCUCUUGAGUCUUUUUAGCCAUUAAACCCACGCCGGAGUUAUUUCAAAGAUUCGUUUAAAAUAUUUUUGCCUGUUAGCUAGACCUCAUACCUGUCUCGUGCAGAAUGCGUCCACCGCCUUUUUGCCCUACUGACAUCCCUUCUGUAACUUCUAGUGUACGAAACGCCAUGUUUGGCCUGCCGUUCCACGAAGGAAGCCCAAAAGUCGAGGGCCAGCGGAUCACCGUGAGAAGGCUCAGACGAGCGUCUCUGCGGUGGUUGCCACUCGUCUGUCUAGUCCGCUUGAAAAAGCCCCUGAGGGUUCCCUUAGAGACGUUUUUCCUGCACCAAGCUUCAUUCCUUUUGAAGUCUUGGACACGCCAUAA